AUGAGUGGACAUAUUCAUUCUUCAGAUUGGAAGAAAGAACUUUAUAAAGCAUUUAGAUCCACAGUUAUUUCUAUAUCAAAUGAAACUGAUUAUAUAUUACAAAGAAUAUCUGUAAAAGUACAUCAAGGUGUAUUAAGAGUAUUUCCACCUGAGAUAAUAGCACCAAAUUCAAAAGUAGAAUUUGCAUCUGAAAGUAAUGCUUACUUUACUGGAUCAAAAGGUUCGGUUGUCUAUUUGAUACUUAGAAAUCCAACGACUGCACUCGCUAGCAAUUCACCAUCUCCCACCAGCUCACCAAACGCCAAUAGCAAUGAUCGCGAGCAUUACAAUCAAUUGCAACAGUCACUCUCACCACAAAUGAUAGGUUCUUCUUCGUCUUCGUUGUCGUCUUCAUCAUCUGGCAACAACAUAUUGUCGUCGUCGCUUUCCGCGUCGUUACCGUCAUCACCGUCGCCAUCCAACAGUUCAUCAAAGAUUCCAUUACCGCUUCCACUUACAUCGACACUCUCGUUCUUCUCUUCGAUUACAGGCUCGCCACCCUCUAGCAACAACAACCCGAAUGAAUCAUGGAAGAACACAGUGCUAAGAGCGACUCGUGGUCAGUUUGUUACGAUAGUCAACAAGACUAGUCGGUUGUUGAUUCGUCGUGAUCAUGCUUUGGAGCAGGGAUCGUGGGCUGUCAUUCCACCCGAAGGAAUUGCACCCGGUGCCACCAUUGAGUUUGGUACAUCGAGUGGAAUCUGUGCCGGAACCUCGGGUGCUGUUCAUUACUACUCGAACGGACUGAAAGGCGAUGUCAAGCUAACAUUCAAUAAUCCUUUCAUCGGUGAGAAUACAUUCAGCUAUCAUUGUCCACCGAAUUUCCUAAUCGAAAAGCAAGUUAUUCCAGGAACCAUCUCGAGUGUAGUGUUCACUAUCAAUGACAAGACAAAUUCUAUCAGCAGCAAGGACCUGAGGAGUAGUCUUCCGCAACAGCAACAGCUCCAAGGAAAUCACAGUUCCCACAAUAUUGUUGUAGGCGACGAUAAUAUUAGGAUUAUAACACUGAACGUUGGUAUGCUUCCAGGUGUCGAAGAUCGUUGUGAAAUGAUUGCAAAGAUAUUGAUUAAUCUACCGGAGCGAUACGAUAUCGUUUGUCUUCAGGCUGUCUUCAACUCUGGUGCAAAAGAACGACUAACUCGUGUGUUUAAACCGUUCUAUUCCUAUUUACUGGACAAGGUCGGCGAAGAUAGUGGACUAUAUUUUGCGACCACUUUUCCAAUACUGUGGAGUGACUUCCGUCAGUUCAACGAAGGUAUCGGGCUCGAUGUACACUCGUGUAAGGGUGUGCAGGGUGUGAAGCUCGACAUCUCUGCGGUCAAAGAGAACAGUGUUCUCUAUGUAUUUAACGCACAUCUCCAGUCGAAUCCAGACAAUACCUUGGCAUGGCAAAUGGUGGCUGGUGACGACAAGCUAAAGAAAGCACAAACCGUUCGAACCCUACAGCUUCAAUCGAUUCGAGACUUUAUCUCCACUGAAUUUGCGCGUGCAACAUCGAACAGUAGCAAUUCCAGUGGUGGAUCAAACAGCAGUAAUAACAUUAAGAAUGCACUGGUAUUCCUUGGUGAUAUGAAUAUCAUUGGUGAAACCGAACAGGUCAUUUCUGACGAAGGCAGUGUCAUUCUUUCACAGGUGAUACCGGAGCUCGCUCGAAAGAUCAAUAAUCGCGAGAUAACAGAAACCUUUAGUUAUAAGCUGAUGGAGCAUCUCACCAAUAAUAACAUUCCAAUUAGAUAUACAGGUAUUCUCAGAUCACAGCUAUUGAAUCCUCGUAUGAAAUCACUGCUCCUGACAGAGAUGAUCUCCUAUAUUCUAAAGAAAGAUAUUGUUGAUCAGUUGGCACAGAGACACAAUCAGUUGGAAGCACAGUUUGAGGGUGACGAAUGUACAUAUAGAACGAUUGUGCUCGAGACACUAAAUAUGGUGUUCCACUAUGAUACAAAGGCAUCGACAACCUAUUGGACUACCACACUAAAGAAUAGACUGCGAUCGGAAUUCAGCUCAGCACUCACCGAACUCGAGGAGUUUGACUUUGUCGAUCUUCGUAAUCAUGUUAUCAACCUACAGCUUCUAACGAGCUUAAAGAUGGCUUUGGAAAUCACGCUACAAACCAAGGCAAUCUAUCAACUGAUAAAAGGAUCACGUUUCAAAUCGAAUAUACCAGCACCACUCAUAUUAGACAGCGAUAUUGAAGAGUUAAUUCUACCGCCACUUACUUCCUACUGGGGUGUCGACAGUAACAACAGCGACAUCAGCUACAUUUCAAACCUGGAGAAACUAAAGAUUAGCAGUGGUGGCACGACAAACAUAAUCAACGAAAAUGAAGACAACAACCGUAUUAAAAUCUAUUUGAAACCAACCGAUGAAUAUGAAUCGAUGAAGAAGAUUCUAGGACAGAUGAAUGAUCUCUAUCGCCAGACUAAUCCACAUCUGCCUGGAUACACAAUUCACCAAUCUCUCAAUCAGCUAGUGAGUAAGCCAACCUCAAAAGAGAGAACCGAUUAUAUAUUUAGUUUCAAUUUAUCGCCCAACUUUGGUGAUGACGAUGGUCGCAACCAAUUGCUACGUCUCAAUUGUUUGGAAUCCUCAAUCCUUCCGAUGGGUGCUACUCCACAGACCAGACUCUCUGAUCAUUUCGCUGUUGAAUGUAUAAUUAAAGUUGAAGAUACAUCAUCAACACCUGUACAUAAUAGAAAAUCAAACUACCACCAUCAACGUAAUAAUUCCAACAGUUCUUCGAGAGGUUAG